AUGUCACAGUUCCGACCACACUCUGGAGGCUUCUCAAGCGCGCUGCGAGGGCGACCCUGGCUGAGCAAAGCAGCCUACACAACCGCCGUCACGCUUCAAAUCGCCUGCGCCAUACAUUUGGUCAACGAACAUGCCUUUGAAAUCCGCAACUCUACAGGAGCCUCGAUGCUGCCCACUUUGGCACCGGAGGGAGAUUUCCUGCUGCAGCUUCGGUUGCCUUUUGCGCGGUUUCUCUCAUCAUUGCGCGGAGGUUUGAGAGAUGGACAGGAAGAUGAAGGAGAGACACAUCCUUACAGAUCAAGGGGGAGGAUUGGAGGGUUGAUGUUUUCGAAGACGGAUCAAGCGCAGGGAACGGGCUUGAAGGUAGGUGAUUUGGUGGUUGCGUUGAGUCCGUUCGAUCCGAGCAGGACGGUGUGCAAGAGGGUGAUCGGAUUACCGGGGGAUACGGUGGCGCUGGAUCCGAGGAUGAGGCCUCUACCGAUGUCCGUCUGGAGAGGUCAAAAACAACCCCCACCACCACCGCCUCGCAACGAGACCGGACUAGACUCCAAACUCGUCAAAUUCGAAGACAUCCUAUCCCCCCACAACACCACCACCACCACCACCACCACCACCACCACAACCCCUCCUCCUGCAGAAGUAGAUCUACUCAAAAGCAUGGACACAGACUCCACCACGCACAACGAGCUCACUUCCACCGACCUAAAAACAAACACGUACGUGCGCUCCAAAGGCGACGUACAGUAUGUCACCAUCCCCCUGGGACACGUUUGGUUGGCGGGCGACAACAUGGCGAAUUCGACGGACAGCAGACACUACGGUCCCGUCCCGCUGGGUAUGGUCAGAGGCAAGGUGCUGGCGAGGGCUUGGCCGAACCCGAGGUGGUUGGGAAGCAACUUGACGGAGGUCGAUUGA